CAUGCGCAGCUUUGAUGCCUCUCGUCUCACGUCAGGUCAACCCGGAAAUAGCUCACAGGCUCCGUUUAUAUCUCCGGUUCGUUACCGUCUACUUUGCAGCAGCUUAGAGGAGGACGGAGUCAGGAUGGCGGACAGCGGCGGAGGCCCGGCGGCUCGGACGGUCCUGCAGCAGUGCCUUCAGGCCCGCCUGCAGGUCCAGCCGGCAGGAGAACAGUCUGAGGCUGAGUAUGUCCAGAUCAGCAGAGGAAUGGUGAUCUACGUUUGCUUCUUCAAAGGAGCUUCAGAGGACAUGCUGCCCAGGAUGGUGUCCACGCUGUUGAAUCUGCGUCUGUGCGAGUCUUCCUCAGGGAAGAUGGUGUCUGUGCUGGAGCUGCCCGGCAAUGUGCUCAUCGUUCCUCAGGCCACCCUGGGUGGGAGGCCCAAAGGCAGGGCCAUGCAGUACCACCAAAACAUCGGCAAAGAGGACGGCCUGCGGCUCUACAGCGCCUUUGUCUCCCUGUGUGAGAAGGAGCUGAUGGCGGCCUCAGCCGAGGUGACGGUGAAACACGGGACGUAUGGAAACAGACAAGUCCUGGUGCUGGACACUAAUGGUCCCUACACUCACCUGAUGGAGUUCUGAUGCAGUCAGACUGAGUCCCGUACACGUUCUCCUCUGACCUUACCAGGACCAGCAGAGGAUCUUCUCCAAUCCUACAAAACAGGCUGCUCUGAAGAAGUCAGGCACAUUGAACUUUCUUGUUUUUGUUUCCUUUAAUUUUUUUUUGGGAAACUUCGAUUUUUAUACUUGUUUUUAUGCUGUAAAAAUGUGUAAAAAAUAAUAUAAAAGAUUAAAGUGCGCAGGUGAAUUUA